AUGACAACUAAGGAACAUAAGACCGUUCAUGAGGCACAGAAUGUAGUAGCUCGUCAUGCACCUGAGCAUUUCUACAAAUCACAACCAGGAUUGGGUUAUGUCAAGGAUAUGAAGCAGUACCAAGAGAUGUACAAGCAAUCUGUGGAAGAUCCAGAAACCUUUUUCGGUACCAAGGCUCAAGAAUUGUUACAUUGGGAUAAACCAUUUACAAAGACGAAGUUUGGUUCAUUGGAAAAUGGUGAUACUACUUGGUUUUUAAACGGUGAGUUGAAUGCUGCUUACAACUGUGUUGAUAGACAUGCUUUUGCCAAUCCUGAUAAACCAGCAUUGAUCUACGAAGCGGAUGAAGAAGCAGACAACAGGGUUGUUACAUUCGGUGAGCUUUUGAGACAAGUUUCUCAAGUUGCUGGUGUUCUUCACAGCUGGGGGGUUAGAAAAGGUGAUACCGUCGCAGUUUAUCUACCAAUGAUUCCUGAAGCUGUUGUUGCAAUGUUGGCCGUUGCCAGAUUAGGUGCAAUUCAUUCUGUUGUUUUUGCAGGUUUUUCAGCAGGUUCCUUGAAGGAUCGUGUUGUAGACGCAGGUUGUAAAGUUGUUAUUACUUGUGAUCAAGGUAAAAGAGGUAGCAAAACCGUUCAUACAAAGAAAAUUGUCGAUGAAGGUUUAAAUGGAAUUUCUCAAGUUUCUCAUAUUCUUGUCUUCCAAAGGACAGGUGCUGAAGGGAUCCCAAUGACACCUGGCAGAGAUUACUGGUGGCACGAAGAAGCUGCUAAGCAAAGAGGUUACAUUCCACCAGUUCCUUGUAGUGCUGAAGAUCCAUUAUUCCUCUUGUACACUUCAGGUUCCACCGGGUCACCAAAGGGUGUGGUCCAUUCAACCGGUGGUUAUCUAUUGGGUGCAGCCAUGACCACUAGAUAUGUGUUUGACAUCCAUCCAGAAGAUGUCUUAUUCACAGCAGGUGAUGUUGGUUGGAUUACAGGUCAUACUUAUGCUCUUUAUGGUCCAUUAGCGCUAGGUACUGCAUCAAUCAUCUUUGAAUCAACACCAGCUUAUCCUGAUUACGGUAGAUAUUGGAGAAUCAUUCAGCGUCAUAAGGCAACUCAUUUCUACGUGGCUCCAACAGCCAUGAGAUUGAUUAAGCGUGUAGGUGAGGCUGAAAUUCCAAAAUACGAUCUAUCUUCACUAAGAGUUCUUGGAUCAGUCGGUGAACCAAUUUCACCAGAUCUUUGGGAAUGGUACAACGAAAAAAUUGGUCACAACAACUGUGUCGUUUGUGAUACCAUGUGGCAAACCGAAUCUGGUUCUCAUUUAAUUGCUCCAUUAGCAGGUGCAGUCCCAACAAAACCUGGUUCCGCUACAGUUCCAUUCUUUGGUGUUGAUGCUUGUAUCAUUGACCCAGUCACUGGUGUUGAAUUACAAGGUAAUGACGUGGAAGGUGUUUUGGCAGUAAAAUCAUCUUGGCCAUCUAUGGCAAGAUCAGUUUGGCAAAAUCACAACCGUUUCCAGGAGACUUACUUGCAACCAUACCCUGGUUACUACUUUACAGGUGAUGGUGCAGGUAGAGACCAUGAUGGUUACUACUGGAUCAGAGGUAGAGUUGAUGAUGUGGUUAACGUUUCUGGCCACAGAUUGUCCACUGCUGAAAUUGAAGCUUCAUUGACCAACCAUGAUAAUGUUUCUGAAUCUGCUGUCGUAGGUAUUCCUGACGAAUUGACCGGUCAAACCGUCAUUGCCUUCGUUGCAUUGAAAGAUGGUACUCCAAGUCAAGGUGAUGCGAGUGCUAACGUUCGUCGUGAAUUGGUGCUCCAAGUUAGAGGUGAAAUUGGUCCAUUUGCUGCUCCUAAAUGUGUCAUCUUGGUUAAAGAUCUGCCAAAGACUAGAUCCGGUAAAAUCAUGAGAAGAGUCCUAAGAAAAGUUGCAUCUAAUGAAGCUGAUCAACUGGGUGAUCUAUCUACUAUGGCUAACGCUGAAGUCGUUCCAGGUAUCAUUGCAGCUGUUGAUGAACAAUAUUUUGCUGAGAAGAAGAAAUAA